AUGUCGGACCAGGAGAGGAUUCAGGAAUGCCUGAGGAAGGAGAUCCGGUCCCUGCUCAUCUCCACCAAAGACGGCCUGACCCCCCAGCAGCUGGAGAGGGAGUACCUCUCCAUGGUGGGUAACCACCUGCCUCUGCGGAUCCUUGGCUAUCGCUCCACCAUGGAGCUGGUCUUGGACAUGCCCGACGUGGUGAGCCUCUGCCCUUGUGGUGACGGCUCCAUGAUCCUCAAAGCCAUUCCAGAUGAAACAACCAAAGGAAUAGCAAGUUUGGUUGCAAAACAAAGGAGUAGUAACAAGCUUCGAAGUUCUUCACAGAAAGGAAGGGCAAACAUUGGUUCUAGUUCUGGCCCUCGUCGAAGACUACCUUACCGGGGAAGGGUACCUCCCAUUCUUCCAGCUGUGGUAAAGAGUGAGCUGAGGGACCUCUUGGCUUUUUCUCCAAUACUACUUUCUGAUUUUGAAAAGGCUUUUGCAAAGCGAUUUGGACGAUCAUUCCAAUACAUGCAAUAUGGCUUUCUUUCUAUGUUUGAAGUGCUGAGUGCAGCUUCAGAUAUCAUUGCUGUUGAGCAGACCAGGGCAGGUUCUUUGUUGACCUUAAAGCGAAAUCUACCAAGUGAACAGAAGAGGGGGUUACCAGCAGGUAAAACACCACAGGUUGGGACAAAACAGCCCAAAUCCUCCAUACCAACACCAAUAGUAAGGACACAUUUGCCAGAACCUGCCUCAGCUACUGAGCCAUAUCCAAUGAAAACCACAGAAUUGAAUGGCAUGGAGACGUCUUCUUUGGACCAGUCUGAGAAAUUAAACCAGCUGGAAAAUACAUUCAAAUCAGUGAUUGCACAAAUUGGACCAGGAGGGACCAUCAAUUCAGAACUAAAGAAGAAAAUAAAAUUUGUUGCAUCUAAAUUUCCACAAGGAUUGCUUAUUUCUAAGCUGCUUGGAGAGUUUGAGGCAGUUUUUAAAGAGCCACUUUCACCAAAGAGAUUGGGAUUUUUAAACGUGGCAGAGCUUGUUGGAUCUCUUAGUGACAUUCUCCAUGUUGAGUUCAGGGAAGGUGAACAAGACUUGUUGGUGUUUGAUACAGAGAUGAAGCAUUUGACAACAGAUAAGAAAACAGAAGGCAAAGGCAAUAUCUCCAGUCCCCCCCGAAAUUCCCUGUCAUCUCCAGAUAUUAAGGAUACUUCCUGGAGUUAUUCUGUGGAAAAGCAAAGAGAUAUAGAAGAGAAAGUCUGCAAUAAAUUCAGCCUGGUCACAAAGCCUGUGCCCCUGCAUAUGGGAAUGAAACAAUCGCAGCUCACCCUGGAGAUGUCAGGGUACGAGAUCCCACCAGAUGCUGUGCAAAACAGGAAACUCUGCAGCCUUCCACCAUUAGACAGCAGUACCCUAGUAGGGGUCUUUGUAGAGUAUAUAAUUUCUCCUAGUCAGUUUUAUAUCAGAAUCUAUAGCAGGGAUUCAUCAGAGUUACUUGAAGAUAUGAUGAUUGAAAUGAGGCGCUGCUAUUCCAAUCAGUUAGUAUCUGAUCGCUAUGUCAUGCCAGAAUCUUUUAUCCAACCUGGCCAUCUCUGUUGUGUAAGGAUUUCUGAGGAUAAAUGGUGGUACCGAGUCAUCAUUCAUCGAGUUCUUGGGAAGCAAGAAGUUGAGGUGUUCUACCCAGAUUUUGGAAAUUUGGGAACUGUUCAGAAAUCCUCUCUGAGGUUUCUCAAGUGCUGCUACAUCAAGCUUCCUGCUCAGGCCAUUCCUUGUUCCCUGGCUUGGGUGAGACCCAUAGGGGAGCAUUGGACACCCCAAGCAAUUUUGCAGUUCCAGAAGCUGUGUGGCUUGAAGCCAUUGGUGGGAGUAGUGGAUGAGUAUGUUGAUGGGGUCCUCAACCUCUUUCUGUGUGAUACAUCUUCAAAUGAAGACAUCUAUUUCCAUCACGUCCUGAGAGCAGAAGGCCAUGCCAUUGUCUGCCGAGAAAAUGUCCCAUCUAAGGGUUUCAGAGAGCUCAACCCCUUAGCCAUGUAUACAAAAUGCAGUCCAAGGCCUGAAGAACCUGGUUUGAUAGAACUGGGUCUUUCUUCCCAUCAGCAUUAUUUUAAUGAAGACCGAGAAAUAAGAAGUCCAGAAAAUGAAUUGGUACCCCUGAGAGAUACUGGUGACCAAAAACCUAUCAGCUACCUGGAACCUGAAGCUGAGGUGCCAUUUUUGGGUUCAGACAGAGUUUCAUCAGAAGCCCAAGAUGAAGACUGUAAAGAAAACCAAGAGCUAGAGUAUCCUGUUGAGAUGCCAUACCUUGAGUCAGUGUCCAUAGGUGAUGAUGUUUGGGAUGAAAACUGGUUGCCUGUGCAGACUGACAGAGAGAAGAGAAAUGGGAAUGCCUCCCUUUUAUUUACAUCAGGACUUGCUGGAAGGAAGCAGUGUCAGCCAUGCAAAGAAUCACUGCAAAAGGGAUGGUGUUCUACUGCUGAAGAACUAUGGAAUGCUGCAUGGCAGCAUUCAGAGUCAGAGAAUGAUAUGAAGAUUGAAUUUAAAACAUCAGAAUUCCGGGAACAAGGUACUGAGGAAAUUAUCACUGACACAGCCAAAAACCACAAGGAAAAUGACCUUUGGAUGGGAAAGGACAAAACAAAAAUGGCUAAUAGAGAAUUGAUACCCAAGAUAAGUAAGGAGAUUAUAAAACAGCACCUAGCUGCCCUUGAUGAAUUCAAGACACCUGGCCAAAAUGAACUACAUGCUCAGCAACUAAACCUAGAAGAUUCUUCAGAUUCUUCCACACUGUCCAAAUCAUUGGAAGAGUUCUACAUUUCUCUGAUCCAUUCUCAGCAGUCAGCAGAAUUGAACCAUUCUGAGCCUGGUCGUGUUCAAACUCUGCCAGAGCAAAUCCAGCUUUCUACAGCAGCACUUACCUGUAAUUUACUUCCCACAGUGGUUGAUUCCCAGGAGAAGCACACUGGCUUAAAGGAAGCCACUCCAUUAAAUAUGAAGAAUGAGGAUUUCUCUAGCAACCAUGCCCUUACAAUGUUCAAAGACACCACCUGUGCCCAACAAGAGUCCAUGGAACAGAUCUCUUUUAUAUUGUCUCCUGAGCACAGUGUGUCCCAGAAACUCUUCAUUCCUCGAAGCACAGCAACAGCAGCAUUGGGAGCUGCAGCACGUCUAGCUAUGUCUAGUAGCCUUCUACAUUGGUAUCCCAGAUUAAGAAGAAUGGAAGCAUGA